ACGAAAACAAAAAAUAAUCCCACGAUUCCCACCGCCUACCCUUGUUCAACAGAAACCCUUACUCCCUUUCCCCCACCCCUAAUCGAAGACGUUCCUUCCAUCUCGUCGAUUGCCUUAGCAACCAUCUCGAUCCGUUUAGUUUCUCGUUUGUUUCCCCUGUUCUUUCUCGUCAAUCGUUCCUUUCUCCAACCUUUAACUGAAAUAGAACUCACAGGUUCAUCUUGACAUUUGGUUUAUCUUCCUUUGUUACUCUUUCAGGGAAUCAGUCGAUUGGUAGCAUCGAUUUUAUCUGAUCUCGACGAAUUCAGAGCAGAAAUCGAGGGGAUGAAGAAGAGGAAAAUGGAGAUGGAAUCGGAGAUUUGGCUCUCGCAGUAGAAGGGAAUUGGUAGCACGAAGAAGGAAUGAGAAAAAAGAUGAGCUGGAUUGGGUUUUUUUUAUUAUAUGGUUAAUCU